AUGCAUGACGCCAGCGUGAACAUCACGGUCAUCGUCGACGCGGGUGCCGGGCCUCCGGUACUCGGUGCACUGAUUGUGCAUAUCCUCGAUGAAGAGCUCGACUCAUUCGACCGAGCAAUGUGCAGGCUCUUUCCAGUGCCUCAGAUCAGGUUGAAACCCUGGACGACGACGGGUGUGAGAGGUAAUGGUUGGCGGUUGGUUGCGAUGAAGGAGGAUGGUGAAAGCCACGGCAUGGUUGAGUUUGAUGUACAAGGAGUCCACCCCCUUGAGCAUCUCGACAUGCUUCCAGAGUUGGCGGAACUUGCUCCAGCGCGCGUUCGAGCCUUUGAUGGUAGGGAGGUCAGGGGAACGAAGGAUGUCACUUUUUGCGGACGAGCGGUACAGCGAGGUGGCCCAGAAGUGGUGGGAAUGUUUAUGGCGACACUCAAGCUGCAUUGUGCAGUUCUUCAAAAGGAGAUUUGA